AAACGAAUGAAAAACGUUUCUUCAGAGGGUUGAAUUUUGUGCCCCACCAGUACCGAGGAAAAAUGGUAUAUUCCCUGAUUGAGGAUUAGAACAAUCGACUCAGAAGGAUAAUUCCAAAAGAAAAAAAAAUAAUGGUCCCCCAAAAAACUUCAAAAGAAAGGAAGGGAACAAAUUUACCAUUUUAAAACCUAUCUAUACUCGAAAUGGCUACCAAGCCUAUGAUUCUUUCCGUAGAGAGCAUCUGUAUUUAAAUUGGGGGCUAAAAUUUCGGUCGGUGUGACCAGGGGCUGGACACGACCUGUUGUCUUGCAGUGGCUUUUUUGGUUUAUGGCUAUGAAUUGCAAACUAAUGUGGUCACAUGUGGGCUUAGGGUAAAUUGGCUUGCUGAGUAGCAUCUGGAGGUGCAAGAGUUGGCCAUAGAGGGAUAAUUUCAGAGACUGGGAAUUGUGAGAUGCGUUAAUAAGGGGGGACUUUGUUGAAGGUUUUGAGAGGCUUUCUUAAGGGUUUCAAUGGAUCCGGAGCAGACUUUUUUGAGGGUUCAUGCCCGCUUGUCCGGAAUGCUCGCGCAAUUGCUGGCGCCCAAAGUAAGGAUUUGUCUCGAAUACGUUUCGCUUGGUGUGGCCAUUGCUUUGCUUGGUCUCCUUCUGGUGAUGCACGUGAAUUUUGUUGCCCAGCCGGGUUGUGCGAAUGAGUUGUCCGGAAGCAAUAUUAUUGAAGCCCAGUUAGUACAAAUUAAGAUUACUAGCAGUGGAUUAUGGUCUCAGAAAAUCUCAGAACAGUCACAGGCCAGUCAAGGUGAACAGGGUCAUUCUAUGGAAGGUUUCCAAGUGGAAGAAGUAGAUGGGGAGGGGUUAACUUUUAUGGCCACAAAGUUUUGGCUCAACUGGCUGGGGUCUGGGGCUAGAAGGAAUAAAGUGAUAGACAAGUCAUCUAAAAAUGAUAAGAAUAGUCUUGAUUCUCCGUUUGAAAAUUCUCCAGCAGGUGCUAUUCACAGUCCCAGUGGAAAGAAAACAGAAAUACCAGAUAGUGCUAAAGUGGAGCGCAGUUUCUUGAUGUACGGUAGAGAUUCUAUUAGGGGAGCUGUUUAUAAGAUUUUGAGCAAGUGGUAUAGAAAUAUUUCUGCAAUUUAUAAGAGAGUGAAACAUCUCGUUUCAAGUGUAACUCGAGUACGGAAGAUUGCAGGUGGGGAGAAGUUUCUGCAUCCACCAAGGAGUUCAAGUUUACUUGCUUGGAAGAGUCUUGAUUCUGUUAUAGUAGGAUGGAUUGACCGUCGAAGCAAAGCAUCUGAGCCAACCUAUCUGUACACUGUUGAAAAGGGGUAUUUCAUGCUUCCAGAAGGUGCAAAAUCGAGGCAUAAUGUUAAAACUGUCAAUGUUAGCAUUUCUGCGCAAAAUUCCUGCUUUGGCAACAGGUGGCAACAACUUCUUAUAAACACUUUCACUGGUUAUGACACAAUUCUCAUGAAUAGCUUGCUGAAUGGUCGUGGGCAAGGUUAUCUUUACAAUUUCCAAACAAAGGAGCUCUACGAUCUUACUUUUCCACAAGAGUCUAUAGAAGCACCUUUCAGAUUUGAAGACUAUCUGGUGUCAAAAUGUGGGGUGCUUAUCAUGUCGCUAUUUGUGUUUUUCACCACCACAAUGUCAGUGUCAUUUACUCUCAGAGAGACUCAGUCACGGAUGCUAAAGUUUACAGUUCAGCUUCAACAUCAUGCUCGCCAUCAUCUUCCAACGUUUCAACUCAUAUUUGUUCACGUGAUUGAGUCACUUGUUUUUGUACCUAUCAUGAUUGGAAUUCUUUUCUUCUUGUUUGAAUUUUAUGAUGAUCAACUACUUGCCUUUAUGGUGCUCACCCUUGUGUGGUUAUGUGAGCUGUUUACGAUGAUCAGUGUUCGGACACCCAUUUCAAUGCAGUAUUUUCCCCGGUUCUUCUUACUCUACUUUCUACUGUUCCAUAUAUACUUUUUCUCAUAUGCUUAUGGUUUCUCAUACUUGGCAUUCUCAACUACAGCAGCUUUUAUGCAGCACUUGGUUCUGUACUUUUGGAAUCGUUUUGAGGUGCCAGCAUUGCAAAGGUUCAUGCGGCGACGAGCUCAAUUGCAGCCACAGCCCGGGGUACAGAUAACAUCAUCUGCUAUUUUAACAUCCACCUUCCAUGUUGCAAGGUUGAACACUAGGAGUGCACAUCCAGCAGAUAUUUUUAGAUCUUAUCAACAAGUUAGAGAUGGUCAACCAGAAGAAAACAAUGGGACAGGUAGCAGUGCCAUAUCUCUGGGAGGCACAAGGCUGCGUGGCAGUUUACAUAGGGUUCUUCGAGAUGGUGAUGAGUUCCCAUUGUUCCACACGGUCAAUGAUAAUGAGGUCAGAAGAUCUUAUACUGGCAGAGUCGAAACCUCUGAUCCAAACUAUAUGACAAUAAUACCUAGAGGAGUUAAUACAGAUUCUAUGAGGACUAUUAUAUCAAACUCAAUGCACAAUAAUGAACUAAGAGAGAAUAAUACAUCUAGAGGAUUUAAUCAACAAGCUUCAGGACAAGACUUGCAGCCAGCAGUUCAAACUGCUACGUCUAUAAUGAACCCAAAUCCAUUAGCAUCAUUUGGUUCACUUCUAUUGUGGAUUUUAGGUGGUCCUUCUGAUGGCUUGGUAUCUUUCUUUCCUAUGUUCAGGGAUUCCACUGACCAGGGAUUGGAUAACACUGAUUCCCCCCAGCAAGAGAACCAGCAACAUGUACGGAGUUCAUGGUGGAGUGGAUCAAGUGGUUUAGAAAGAUUGCGGCGAAGGAGUGGCCACUCUAUUGAAUGAGGUAAGUGUGUAUGUAUGUAUAGGCAGGUUUUAUGGGUACACGAGAUCAGCAAUCUUGGCAAUGUAUCAUGCGAUCUGUGAGCCAAGCUGCGUUUUCUCAGCAAUGCUUCUAUCAGUGUUGAGAGAAAAAUGGCAAAUAUAUAGCUUUCUAUACAUGUAUGUAUGUAUAAUGCUGCAAGAGCGAUUGCAUACUGUUGAAAUUCUUCUGUAAUUUUCCUUUCUAUUGAGGAUUUUAAAUGCAGCUAUCAAAGAAUGUGAAUGUGGAGCAUUGCAUAAUCUAGGUAAAAGGCAAUCUGUUGUCUGGUAAUUUUAACUCAAAUCCCUUUUAAAACCAGUACAGAAGGUCAAUCCGCUAGUGAGCUGUUAUCUCUCUGCCCUUGGGGCAAUACAAAUGUAAACUACUGACACUGUUUCCCAAUUUUGAAUAAAUAAUAGAUAAAAGCUAUAUUUGACAUCCA